GCCAGCAGAGGUGAUGCUCAGAAUGGGGCGAGUGCUGCUGGCCAUCGUGGGCCUGGCCUGCUGCUUGGCAGUGGCCGGUGCCGCCAAGCUGGGCGUCGUGUACACAGAAGGAGGAUUUGUGGAAGGUGUCAACAAGAGACUCAGCCUCUUGGGUGGUGACUCCGUGGACAUCUUCAAGGGCAUACCCUUUGCUACUGCCAAGACCCUGGAGAACCCAGAGCGUCACCCUGGCUGGCAAGGGACCCUGCAGGCCACAGACUACAAGAAGCGAUGCCUACAAGCCACUAUCACACAGUCCAGCACCUACGGGGAGGAAGACUGCCUCUACCUCAACAUCUGGGUCCCCCAGGGCAGGAAGCAAGUCUCCGAGAAUCUGCCCGUGAUGGUCUGGAUCUACGGUGGGGCCUUCCUCAUGGGGGCUGCCCAAGGGGCCAACUUCCUCAGCAACUACCUGUACGACGGGGAGGAGCUCGCCACCCGCGGCAACGUCAUCGUGGUCACCUUCAACUACCGUGUUGGCCCCCUGGGCUUCCUCAGCACCGGGGACGCCAACCUUCCAGGGAACUAUGGCCUUCGGGAUCAGCACAUGGCCAUCGCCUGGGUGAAGAGGAACAUCGCGGCCUUCGGGGGGGACCCUGACAACAUCACCAUCUUUGGGGAGUCAGCUGGAGGUGCCAGCGUCUCUCUGCAGACCCUGUCUCCCUACAACAAAGGCCUCAUCAGGAGAGCUAUCAGCCAGAGCGGUGUGGGGCUUAGCCCCUGGGCCAUCCAGCACAACCCCCUCUUCUGGGCCCAAAAGAUUGCCAAGAAGGUGGGCUGCCCUGAGGACGACACUGCCGCAAUGGCCAGCUGUCUGAAGGCUACUGACCCCCGGUCCCUGACCUUGGCUUACAGAUUGCCCUUGGUGACCCAGGAAUACCCUGUGGUGCACUACCUGGGCUUUAUCCCUGUCAUCGACGGAGACUUCAUCCCCGACGAACCACUCAACCUGUUUGCCAACGCUGCUGACAUCGACUACCUAGUGGGCACCAACAGCAUGGAUGGCCACCUCUUUGCCACUGUUGACAUGCCGGCCAUCGACAAGUCCCACAAAUCUGUCACAGCGGAGGACUUCUACUGGCUGGUCAGUGGGCUCACUGUCAGCAAGGGGCUGGAUGGCGCCAGGGCCGCCUUUAAAAUCUACACUGAGUCUUGGGCUCAGGAUCCGUCCCAGGAGACCAAGAAGAAGACGGUGGUGGACCUGGAGACCGACAUCCUCUUUCUGAUGCCCACGGAGACAGCCCUGGCUCAGCACAGCGCCAAUGCCAAGAGUGCCAGGACCUACGCCUACCUCUUCUCUGUGCCCUCCCGGAUGCCCAUCUAUCCCAAGUGGGUGGGGGCCGACCACGCUGAUGAUCUGCAGUACAUCUUCGGAAAGCCCUUCGCCACCCCGCUGGGCUACCGGGCUCAAGACAGGACUGUGUCCAAGGCCAUGAUUGCCUACUGGACCAACUUUGCCAGAAGUGGGGACCCCAACACGGGCCUCUCUUCGGUGCCCACACGCUGGUACCCCUACACCAUGGAGAAUGGCAACUACCUGGAGAUCAACAAGAAUCUGAACAGCAACUCCAUGAAGCAGCACCUGAGGACCCAGUUUCUGCGCUUCUGGGCCCUGACCUACCAGGCGCUGCCCACGGUGGCUGAAGGGGCCAUCCUUGUGCCCCCUGUAUAUGACCCUGAAGCUGUGCCUGUGCCCCCCGCAGAUGACUCUGAAGUUGUCCCCGAGGCCCCUGCAGACGAUUCCCUGGCACCUCAGAUGCCUGCAGCCAUUGGCUUCUAGUGUCUAUGCAUCUGUCCCUAAGGGGUCCCCAGCCUGGGUCCCCAGGGCCACCUCCUCUCCUGAGCACCUCCUGAAUAAAACUCCAUCUCUCUCA